UAGUAACCACACCUUUACCCCGUGACGGGGUGUGGGGCCAGGCCCUGGCUCUGGCCCUGUUGUGGCCCAUGCUUUCUUGCCUGGCGGGUGCGUGGAGCGUGGCUUAUCCCAGCGUGACCGCUAGUAACGCUAAUACGCGGUAUUUUACGGGGUCUUCCCGCUAGUUACGAUUGUUGCAGUUCUCUGUCUGCGAUGGCUUUGUCGUCUUCUAGUAGUUGCUGGAGGCGAAAUCACUCACCUUCCACCUCUCGCUCGUCUUUCUUCCUCUCUCUUCACUCUCCUAUCCCAUCCCUCAAGACAAGCAAAAAAAAACAUCAUCCCCUCUCUCUACAUGCUCGUUAUCAAUUGAGUCGCAGCUAUCUCCUCCUCGCCGCCCAUUCGGUUAUCUCCGGCUUAUCCAUCAUCUCCACGCCGUUGGACAAACGCUCGCGGGCCAGCCUAAACGUGUGUUGCUGCUUCGGAAGAUUCACCUCUGGACAACACGAGACGAGUUUCUCACCCUCGAUGGAAGAACACCUGUGAACGAUCUCCUCUCGUCCUUUUUCUCUACUUCUUUCCCUCUCAUUUCCUCUCGCCUGAUGUGAGUUAAUGAUUUUAAAUCCCCCUGGA